CAUACAACCAGUUCAGCAACACCACUGUUCAUGUACUUAUACAAGUUUUCAGACACAGGACAUCAGCCCUCUUAAGUACAGACGAAUAUGGAACAGAAUGCGGGCUAUAAUCAAAGACAAACCAGUGGGGGCUACAGCUCAUUGUUUGAGGGAGAGCUGUUGAGACCCUCCGGUACUGACAACAUUCUAGUGUUCAUCUGCACGCUUCAAGAGAGACCAAUAGAUGCCAGAAGAGACCUCCAGCCUGAGGAGGGUCAGGCCUCAAUUCAGGUGCAGCUGCCAGCUCGGUGCAAUGUAAACCAGCUACGUCUACACAUCUGCAUGCAGGUGCAGAUGAAGAACUACCUCCCAGACCCGCUCAGAACUCUGGAUCCUGAAAAAUACCAGCUGCUCUACAUUAAGGGGGGCAACUGGUAUGAGAUCUACGAUGAUUGCCAGGUCCUUCGGACAUUGGAUGUGGAGUGGCGUCAGAAUGCACGGGGUGUUAGGAUGAGCAGGAUCUUUGUGGCACCCCAGCGUGAGGACACUGAAGACACGCAGAGUGCUCAGCAGUUCUUAACCUACCUGAUUGGGCAUGAUCUCAGCUCCGCAGCUGCUGACCGACUUGACGAGCUGAACUUCAUCCGCAGGAAGUUUGCUACCCCUCGCAGGGAGGAACUGCAGAGACGUGACCCUAGAGCCUAUGCCUUGGAGCCUUGGACCACUACAGCUCCCUUCCUAAAGGAUCAGCAAUCCCAACUCACCCGGGACCUCCUUGUCACCUUUUACUACAAAGAUAUAUGCCUUUCUGCAAAGGUGGACAUCACAACACCUGCUUGCACUCUGAUGGAGGUUUUCCAAAAAAUGAUGUCUGAGAAUAGUCACAAUUUGGAAUAUCAAGCUGAUAAUCUGGUGCUGAAAGUCUGUAGGAGGGAAGAGUUUGUCUCAGGACAGUCCCCACUGUCAGAUUUCCUGUGGGUACGCCAGUGUCUGAAGACCAUGCAGGGGUUACACCUGUCGGUCCUCCUUCUGACAUCCCUCAAAAAAGAUACCGUGAGGACAGAGGAUUGGCCCCUGGUGGACAGUUUUACAGGACUCUCCAGUUCCCAUGAGGAGCUCACCCUAACUAAAAAGGAUGUGGAUGAUAUCCUGAUGAUAUCGUUGUGGGACUGUCGUCGAAAUUUCAGGGUGAAGCUGCUGGGAAUCGACAUACCCCAGCUCCCCAGUAAAGCCCCCCAGAACAUCAUCAUUGAGGUAUCCAUCCUGUACGGAAACAAGGUGGUAUCCACAAUCUGCUCCACCCCUAAAACAUUUACGGAGGAAGUGCUCUGGAACACGUGGCUUGAGUUUGACAUACCUCUGAAAACCCUCCCACGUGGCUCCAGGCUUGGCUUCACAAUCAAUUCCAGUACCCUUGAGAGCACCACAAAGGAGUCCAAGUCUACAGGGGGCAAGGCAACAGACUUCCAGAAAGGAAAAGGAAAGGCACUUUACUUUGUGAACCUUCUCCUAAUUGACCACAGAUCUGUUCUGAGGCAGGGGCUGCACACCCUCCACAUGUGGCCUUUCCCUGAGCAAGAGGAGGAGGUGUUCACUUAUGAAGCGGAUAAGCUCUCUUCCGCCACAAAUCCAGACCAAGCAAACUCCAUGGCUGUCACUUUCCUCUUGGACCGGUACAGCUUUCCUGUUGUCCUUCCUCACAGCACUUCCUCUCCAGGGGUCUCCAGUUCUCGCAAGGGCUCAGAUGCAGAUAAGGUGGGUAAGGAAGGCAUAGCAUCACCCGUGUCUCCGCUCUCGAGUGAUACUGUUCUCAGGAGACUGAAAGAGAAAAGUGAGCACUAUGGCUCCAACCUCCCUCAGUUCCUCAGGGCGGUCAACUGGCUAAAAUUUGAAGAUGUACAGGAUGUCCACUGGUUACUGCGCAACUGGGACCCCAGCGAUCUGGAUGUUCCCGUUGCCCUGGAGCUGUUGAGUGUGGACUUUGCUGAUGAGCAGGUCAGGAAACUAGCUGUCCAGAGGCUUGAGAACUUGUCCAAUGAUGAGGUGCUGAAGUACUUGCUGCAGCUGGUACAGACUUUAAAAGUUGAGCCUUACCACGACAGCUUCCUUGCCAGAUUCCUCAUCCAAAGAGCACUUAGAAGUAAGAGAAUUGGCCACUACUUGUUCUGGUACCUGCGCAGCGAGGUGACCGGGGGUCCAUACUUCCGGCAACGCCUGGCUGUGGUCUUGGAGGCAUACCUGCUAGGCUGCGGCCAGGCCAUGCUGGACAGCUUUCUUCGACAGGUCCAACUGGUGGAGUGUCUGAACAAGGUGGCCAUCGACAUCAAAAGGCUCUUCCCGGACAAGAGUGACCUCCCACCUACUGCUGCCAGCCUGCUGCAGGAUAUGCUGAAGAAUUCCAAUCUUCCGGCAGACUUCCAGGUGCCGUUUGACCCCCGCAUCAGAGCAGGCCCUAUCCUGCUGGAAAAGUGUAAGGUCAUGGCUUCCAAGAAGAAGCCCCUGUGGCUGGAGUUUUCGUCUACAGAUUCACAGGGUCCCCCUGUUCCACCUGUGGGCAUCAUCUUCAAACAUGGUGAUGACCUGCGUCAGGACAUGCUGGUCAUUCAGACAUUGAUGAUUAUGGAUUCAAUCUGGCAAGAGAAAUCAUUGGAUCUAAACCUGGUGCCCUAUGGCUGCAUCUCCACAGGACACAACAUAGGUAUGAUUGAAAUUGUGAGGAAUGCUGUCACCAUCGCCGCCGUGCAGCGCAGCAGAGGGGGGACUACUGGGGCCUUCAAAAAUGAAGCACUGUUCGAGUGGCUCAAAAGCAGGAGUCUGCUACAAGAAAUACACUACCAGACCAUGGAGAGGUUUGUCACUUCCUGUGCUGGAUACUGUGUGGCUACUUAUGUGCUGGGGAUAGGGGACCGCCACAAUGACAAUAUCAUGAUCAUGGAACAAGGAAAUCUCUUCCACAUCGACUUUGGGCACAUCAUGGGCAACACCAAACGGUUUCUAGGUGUAAACAGGGAGAGGGUUCCAUUCGUCCUGACUCCUGACUUCCUAUACGUCAUGGGCAGAGUGGGCAAGAAGUCCAGUCUCUACUUCCACAGGUUCACGCACACCUGUAUUCAGGCCUACCUGGCCCUACGCUGCCACUCCCGGCUGCUGGUCACACUAUUCUCCCUGAUGCUGCUGACGGGGAUCCCAGAGCUCAGCUGUGCGCAGGACAUGGUCUACCUGCGGGAGGCGCUGCAGGAGGAGCGCAGCGAGGAGGAGGCAGGCAACCACUUCCUGCAGCAGAUCAACAUGUGCGAGCAGCUGAACUGGACCGUGCAGACCAACUGGUGGAUCCACAUGGUGGCGGGUAUCAAGGGCUGAGACGGGCUGAGAUGUUACUGACCAAACCACCCUUCCGCUCUCAGCAACUCAGAACACUAGCAUUGAACAGUGGUCUGAACA